AUGUUAACUAAAUUACAUUCUCAAGACAAUUUUGAGGAACAUGAGUUACCACUUCAGUAUCAUAAAGAAUUGUAUCAGGAUAAUUCAUAUCAAGAUGAAUUGUAUCAGGAUAAUUCAUAUCAAAAUAAAUUGCAAAAUGAAUCUUGCCCAAAUGAAUCAUCAUCUCAAGUGAAACCUUCAACUUGUAAUAAAGCCUUAACAAAUGAAGG